CGCCCCCCUCACCCGGAAGCGGCGCUGUGGUGUGGGCAGCUCACGUGGGCUGCAGACGGUGUUUGGCAGAACCUGUUGAAGAAAGAUGGGAAAGAGAAGGAAGCAAAGGAGAGCGGAGGACACGAGCGCCCUGACUAAAAAACAGAAGAAGCACCUGAAGGAGUUCGGGGAGCAGCAUCCUUUCCAUGACGUAGUUUCCAGCAGAGGAGAGAGGACUCAGGUAGUCGAGCUGCCUGAUAGCACGGAGGAUGAGUUAAGCUCUGCCAGUGAGCCAGAGAGUGAACCAGAGACUGUCAAUAUGUAUCAGAAGUUGUUGGCCACAUUCAGAACAGUCUCAGAUGAUGAUGAUGAUGACGACGAUGAUGAUGAUGAAGAAGUAGUAGAAGAGGAUGGUGGUGAAGAAGUAGAAGAAGAGGAUGAGGAAGGAGAGGAGUCUGAAGGAGAAAAUGGAAAUAGUGAAGAUGAAAGUGAUACCGUUGGUGAUGAUAAAGUGCAGAACGUAGAUGCCAAUGCUGAGGAAAAUGACAAAACGGGUGAUGCCGCUAAGCUUGAAGGCGAUGAUGGAGAUGGAAAUCCUACAGAAGAAUUCACUGAUGUAAAGCACGAGUCGAAGUUCAGCUUGGAAACAAAUUACGAUGAAGAUGAUAACAAGAACAUAACCAUACUUUCCUCCAAGACUUCAUCAGAUGAUCCAUAUACAAAGCAUAUUUACAAAGAACUAGAAGAACAAGACAUUGACCAAAUUGCAGCAAAUCUAAAAACGAAUGUAUCAUUAAAGUGGCCAGUCCUGGGUCCGCUGACCUUUUCAUCCAAAUAUCAGAAGGCUGAGCCCCUGAAAUCCGAGAAGGAGACUGAUUUAAAGAACCUGUCUCUCCACAAGCCUCUGGAUGCUACUUGGCCCAAAGUGAACAGUACUUUCCUCUCAGGCCAACAUGAUCAGACCUUCACCUUUCUUCAGAGGGAACUUUUCAGCAUCAUGAAUUCAUACAAGGACUUGUUUUAUCCAUCGCGGAUGGCGACCGGUCAAGGGGAGGAAAUCAGACACGUGUACUGCCUGCAUGCCCUGAACCACGUCCUAAAAGCGAACGCCCAGGUUUUGAACAAUAACGCCAGGAAGAGGGAUGCAAGUUCUGCAGUCGAUGAAGACGAACUUAGGGACCAAGGUCUAACCAGACCCAAGGUCCUCAUCGUUGUUCCGUUCCGGGAAUCUGCCUUGCGUGUGGUACAGAUUCUAAUCAGUCUGAUGGAAGUUCUUGGUAGAAAGGUGGAUGUAAGUAAUAAGAAGAGAUUCAAAGAUGAGUAUGGAUCGGAACCUGAAGACAAGCCUCCAAACCUGAAAAGACCAGAAGAUUAUGAAGCCGUGUUUGCAGGAAACAUUGAUGAUCAUUUCAGGAUAGGAGUAGCCAUUCUGCAGAAGAGCAUGCGCCUGUACUCUCCUUUCUACUCCUCGGACAUCAUUAUCGCGUCUCCUCUUGGCCUGCGGACUAUCAUUGGUACCGAGGGGGAGAAGAAACGGGACUUUGAUUUCCUUUCUUCCAUAGAGGUUCUUAUCAUCGACCAGGCUGAUAUUUAUCUGAUGCAGAACUGGGAACACAUGCUGCAUAUGAUGAAUCACCUUAAUCUGCAGCCGACCGAGUCCCACGGUGUUGACUUCUCCCGUGUGCGCAUGUGGAACCUCAGCAACUGGGCCAAGUUCUUCCGGCAGACGCUCCUGUUCAGUGCGCUGCAGGAACCGCAGAUCAACUCCAUUUUUAAUAAGCAUUGCUUCAAUUACUCUGGGCAGGUGUCCGUGAAGAGCAUGCCCGCGACGGGUUCCAUUUGUCAUGUGGUGGUGCAGCUUCCGCAUGUGUUCCAGAGACUAGAGGCAGACAGCUCCCUCUCUGUGAUCGAUGCCAGGUUCCAGUUCUUCACAGAUAAGAUUCUGCCGCAGUAUCGAGAUGCCAUCAUGUCGCACACGCUCAUUUACAUCCCUUCCUACUUUGAUUACGUGCGUCUCCGAAAUUACUUCAAGAAAGAGGAGCUGAACUUCACGCACAUCUGUGAAUACACGGACAAGCCGGGGAUCUCCAGGGCCCGUCAGUUCUUCCUGAAGGGAGAGAGACAAUUCCUUCUGGUUACAGAGAGAUUUCAUUUCUACAAGAGGUAUACUUUGAAGGGCAUCAGGAACCUGAUUUUUUAUGAACUGCCUACUUACCCUAAUUUCUACAGCGAGGUAUGUAAUAUGAUGAAGGCCUGGAGUCGUGGGGAGGAAGCAACGUGGACCUGCACAGCUCUGUACUCCAAGUAUGAUGUGCAGAGGUUGGCGGCGGUGGUUGGGACGGAGCGAGCGGCACAGAUGCUGCACUCAAAAAAGAACGUGCACCUUUUCGUUACGGGAGAAAGUAAUUAAACGAGCGCGAGAGGACUAAUUAAACCUACCGGUGAACUUUUAUACGUGUAACUCGCAAUUCUGCAAAGUAACUCGGAAUUCUGCAGUCACAGAAGGAUUGGACUGUUUGCCUAUAAACGUGUAUUUAAUAACGUAAAAGGUACGUUGUGUAAUAUGAAUAUGUGCCCGAAUUUACCAUUAUAAGAGCAAUUGCCCCAUUGAAUAAAAGGGAGCUGUAUUUCAGUGCCUUCCGUCA